ACCGCUUCUCCCAAUUACCAGGCGCCGAAUAAGCACGUCCUGAUCCAACAAUGAGGUCCUCGUCACUCCUUAUCCUUCUUUUGGGACUCGUGCAUAUUACAUUUGCUACCGACCUGCUAGGAUUCGUGCAGUGGAACGACGUGUGUCCAAGCUAUGAAGAGCUUGGUGCAGCCAAAAUUCUGCUGGAUGCCGGUCGAUAUUCGGCUGGGGUGACGCGAAGUGGUAACUUCUCUAUACCGGACGUUAACCCAGGGGUAUACGUUCUAUCCGUACUUUCUCAUGAUUAUACUUUCGAACAGUUUCGUGUCGACGUAUCGGACGCAUCCUCUAUACCAGAAGUCAAGUCUUAUGUCUUUGGAACACCACUGUUAUCCCCCUCAGCGGUGAUCUUGCCGUACCCCAUUAUUUUGAGUCCCCGUAGCAAGAACAGCUACUUCAAACCACACGAGUCGUUCAGUUUGCUGGGCAUGUUCCGGAACCCUAUGAUGAUGCUCAUGUUGUUCACUGCGGGCAUGAUGUUGGCCAUGCCUUAUAUAAUGAAAAAUCUGGAUCCUCAAAGCCUUGAGGAAAUCAAGAAUAGGCGGGAAAUGGUAGCGAGUAUACAAAACUCGGUGCAAGGUGGGGACCUCAAGUCUGGACUAUCUGCCUUAUUGGCUGUUGAAGAUAAGACGAAAGCCUCAACGUCAGGCGCCAAAGUGCAACCUAACAACAGCGGAACGACGAUACAACAGAGGAAAGUCGGGAAAGGUGGAAAACGACGAUGACGUGGGGGCAGCAUUGUACCAUCUCGUGUUGUGCGAACAUUUCGUAGACACCUUGCA